AUGCAGAACUCCCGUCCCCGCGCGGCAGGGAGAAGCCCGCGUCUCUCCCUCUGCAGGAAGGCGCGUCGCCCGCAGCCCGGGCUCUCGGCCCUUGGCCACCUCGCGGGGGACCCCGGCGGCGCGAGCGGGGGGACAUGCCGGCCGCCAACUGCUCGCGGCACAGCGACGCGGUGGAGGCGACCGUGGCCGUGCUGCUGGCGCUGGAGUGCGGGCUGGGCCUGCUGGGCAACGUGGUGGCGCUGUGGACCUUCGCGUUCCGCCUCAAGGUGUGCAAGCCCUACGCCGUGUACCUGCUCAACCUGGUGGCCGCCGACCUCCUGCUCGCCGUCUGCCUGCCCUUCCACGCCGCCUUCUACCUGAGCCACAAGACGUGGCCCCUGGGACACGCGUCCUGCCGCGGCCUCCUGUUCCUACAGGUGCUGAGCCGCGGGGCGGGCAUCGCCUUCCUCACGGCCGUGGCCGUGGACCGCUACUUCCGAGUGGUCCACCCCCGGCUCAGGGUCAACCUGCUGUCCCCGCGGGCGGCCUGGGGGGUCUCGGGCUGCGUCUGGCUCCUGCUGCUCGGCCUCAGCCACCGGAGCCUGCUCGUGUCGGAGGCCGAGUGCCCCGGCCUGGAGCCCCGGGGGGAGCUCUCCCUCAGCGCCCUCUGGCAGGAAGCCCUGUUCUCGGCGCAGUUCGUUCUCCCCUUCGGCCUCAUCCUGUUCUGCAACGCCAGGAUCGUCAGGACCCUCCGGGGGCGACUCCGAGGCCCGGACCGGCAGCCCCAGCUGCAGAGGGCCCGGGCGCUGGUGACCGUGGUCGUCGUCCUCUUCGCGGCCUGCUUCCUGCCCAGCUUCCUGGCCCGGGUCCUGGUGGCCGUCUCCCGAGGGGUGGGCGGCUGCAGGGUCCUGGGAGCGAUGAUGCACGUGUCCGACGUGACCAACGGCCUCACGUACCUGCAGAGCGUGCUGAACCCAGCGGUGUACUGCUUCUCCCACCCCGCGUUCAGACGCUCCUACCGCAGGGUCUUCAACACCCUCAGAGGCCGAGGGAGGGAGGUCGAGGCCCCGGGUGACAUCAACGACUCCUACUGCUGAGGCCGGCCGGCCACCCGCCCCUGCGGGCUGAGCCGUGAUGACCGGCUCCUGGGGCUCCGGAGCGAGGAAAUGCCCGGGCUGCGCUACAAAGGUGGGGACCCCGACUCCGGCGCACCCACAGCGAACGUCUCCUAUCCGCGGCCUACCGUGUUUCCCGCGGCUAUUGUGCGCGAUCGGACCUCGGAUCGGCGAGCCAGAGGCUCUUUGCGCCCACGACGACGCAGACGGCACGGCCGGCCUGGAAACACACAGCCGCGGGCGGCCCCCACCAGGGGAAGCCGCCCUCGUGGGUUCCCGCGCUGCCCGCUCUCAGUGAGUCGCCUGCUGUCUGUCUGCUUCAGCCCCCGAACGCACCGAGUCUGCUUUCUUCCCACUUGCACGGACUCGUAACGGACCCGGGAAAGUGGGGACGUGGGGCUGCUCGGCCAGGCUCCGGGCGUGCAGCUUCCCCCGUGCUCUGUGCUGGGCUCUGCCUGGCACGGAAGGUUCUCCAUUUCAUAAAUUCUUGCCUCGUCUGCACAGACGGUGCCUUAUGUCCAAGAUCACGCGGCUCCCUAGUUUAUCCUAAGAAACACGUUCCUACUAAGCGAGUCGAAAUUGCCUCUGGAACUUCCUUCUCAAGUCGGAAUGUCUACAUGCUUCUGAAAUUCACUUUGCUUCCCUGCUCUGGGAAGUCACUGUACGUAAUGCCUCGUGGGAGAAACGCACAGGGUGAGACCCCAAACCGCGGUCCCCACCCGACACUGGGGGGUGGAGGGGGUGCCACCCCAGCCCAGCCCUGGUGCUCCUGCAACAGUGCAUCGUCCCAUGUCAUACUUCUAAAUUAUGUCCCAAGCCUGGAGCUCAUGAUGGUGGCAACCUCCUCCCUAACUGCCUUGUCUCUCACUCUCCGUCCAAACCUGGUAGUGCGGUCCCCAAAACAGACUCCCCAGGAUGCUUAGACACAGGAUCGGCUUCGCAACCAGGCCCACACCUGUCACCCUGCCUGGAGCCGCACCUGCAUUGCCCACGCAGACAGAUGGCCCACGCUUCUCCCCAGGCCACCCCAUGGUCUCUGUAAUACUUAAGGUGGACACGGGUGACAUCAGGCAGUAGAAAAUGGCAGAUCGUCCUGGGUCUGUCCUACCAGGGAGGCUCCUUCUCAGAACCGAAUUUAACAUGUGAGUGUGUUCGUCUUACUGUGCCCAGCUCGUGACGUAUGUCAAGAUCUGCCUCACAGAGUCCCCGGGGGGUCACCGUCUCUCAGCGAUGCUCCCUACUUUCGUGGGUUUUGUGUCCUCCCCGGGGAGGGGAUUUCAGGGGCCUGGAACGCAGGUGUGACCCGCUGUGCCCGGCUUCCUGCAUGGACAGUCCUACGUGCUGCUUUUUAAAAAUCUAACACUUACCAUAAACAUUUCCCACGUCGUGAUAAGCUCUCCACAGGCAGUUCUUUACUUGAUUACGCAAUAAUAAUUACCAGAUGUCUCUUCACCACGUCCCUGAGUCUGGACGCGAUGAUCUGCAGUCCUGUCACAGGCAAAUCACCCUGUGACAUCACGCAGCCCCCAUAGACCUCACUGCAGCCGUGCCCUUGGGGGCCCAAAGCCCCCAGCACGGCCACGUCCGUCUCCGGGCUCACCCGGCCACACCUCCCACCAAUCCCUGCUCAUUGUUAGCCCGGCACGACGCCCGCAUGGCAGGUGGGGGGCCCAGAAAACCCUGAUGCCUCGGCCAACCCCAGUGUUGUGAGUCGGUCUGUCUGCGGAGUCCCGGGCGCUGGUGUUUUGGAAGCCUCCUCGUUAGCUCUGUUAACGCACAGCCAGAGCUGACGCCAGACACGGGGUUAGUGGCCGAGGUCAGGGCCUUUGGGUCAACAUCCCGCUCUGUCACUUCCUAGCUUUGUGACCUGGGACAUGCCACCCAACUGCCCUGUGAAUAACAAACCCCGGGACCAUUGCACGGUUUAAGUAAAAUAAUACAUAAAACGUUGAGCGCAGAGCCCGGCCCACGAUCAGCACUCGGUAGCUGUCCCUUGGCUAUUUUCAAGCCAUCGGUUUAUGAUCUUAACUUUGUUUACAUCCCCAGCCAGACUGGGUGUCCUUUAGGGACACAGCUUUUCACCUGUGCGCCCUCAACACAGAGCCCGGAGCGGGAUGGCCGGUCUUGACCUGGACGCCUCCAGCAACAUUCUGCCAGGUCCAAGGUCUGUUACUGUGCGCUUUCUUUCCAGUAAGUCCUCUCCAGAUCCUCUGCGAGCAUUCUGUCUGACUCGAGUUUUAUUUUGCACAUCUGUGAAAGGGGAUAACUUCUCGGUACGUUGGAAGGUUCCAGAUCCUGCCAACACCCACCUCUGGGGAUGUUUCUCUGGCCUCCCGUCCUGUCACUCCCAUCACAGAAGCCUCACAGGAGCUCUGCCCUCAGACGGUUGUCUCCUCCAGAGACAUCCGAGGAGGAGCUGCCCUGUUCCAAACUCUCUUCUCUGGGUGAGGAAACAGGUCAGAGGGAACCGUGGGCAGGCAGAAGAUGAUGGGCCUCAGAACCACAACCACCUCGCUGCCGGCCGCAAGUGUUACUUUCUUUUCUCCUUUGACUCGCUUCUUCUAAUAUAGCAGGUGCAUAGUCCCGUCUGUGAGGCUUGCAAAUCUCAGCAUCGUCUGAACUGUGGCAGAUCCAGGAAGGACAGCCGGGAGCCCGAAUUUCAACUUGAGCGAUGAAUCUGUUUCCCCAGGCAGAUGAUGCUAUCAGUGUUUUUAAAGUCAGCAAGUGUUGUCUUGUCUUUUUCCAAAAUCCAGUCGGCCACUGACUCCUCCCCGGCUACAUAGACGUCCUCCGGGUGCUGGGCCUCCUUCACGGACCGUUCUGAUCUCUGUCCUCUAACUUCCGGCCUGCCCUUCCUGGCCUGACCCCUGAGACCUGCCUCUUCACAGAGCCCCCGACAACACGACACCUGCACCCCACACAUUCCCCACAGCCCCCAGGCCACCCUCCGGUGCUCACGCCCGCCUUCCCCUCUGCGUCACCUCCCUGAAGCUUGGGAAAUGCCCACCUAUCUUUGUGUCCCCAGCACUGUGCACAAGGCCUGGCACCCGGUGCCCUCGUGGACUCAAUAACAAAUCGAUGAACGAAUUAACCUGAUUUAAACUUUAUCACGGGCUACAAAAAAUGAUUUUGUUAAUACAGUUUGAAAUUCUCAGGCAAGGAUCCCAAGGCAAACUUACAAUGUAUCUUCCAGAAUCUUCUAGGAAGACACUAAUACAAAUGAAAAUAUGACGAUUUUUCAUAUUUUUUGGAGAAAGAUUUUCCUCUCUAUUUUCAUGGUCACUUCUGCCAACAACCAAGUCAAUAGUUUUGAUUUGUUGAGGGGUCAGGAGAAUGAACCGACCGCAUAUCUGCCCGUGGGCUGGGUCGGGGGCUGAGAGGUGCGUCAGCGACCCUCAGAGGCUUCUGGAACAUACUAGUGCUCGUGGAGUGCUCAUGGAAUCCCCAAACAACGUCCUCCUUGAAACGUCUCCUUUAAAAUUGUGGGAAAAUGUACAUUUUAGCGCAUAGCCCAGUGGCGGUAAGACAAUCUCACUGCUGUGCUGCUAUCCCCACCACCCGUCUCCAGAACUUUCCAUCUGCCCAAACUGAACUCUGCCCCCAUCAGACAGCAGUCCCCACUCCCCCGCCCCUGGCGCCCACCCGCCUCCUAGAAAUCCAGUCUGUAGGAAUGGUGCCACCGUAGAGACCUCGUGCGAGUGGACUUGAACGGCAUUCGUAGUUUUGUGUCUGGCCUGUUGACCUGGCACGAUGUGCUCCUAGAUGACCUCUCUUUGGGCUUUCACUGCUUACUUAUAUUUUGAUUUUCCUCCUAUCUGGUGGCGUCCCAGUAACUGGUCGUCUGGGAGAAAAGCAGGUUUGCUAGCCCCCCCGUGGCCAGCUCGCCGAUUCCAGAACGUUCCACAGCUGAGUCACCAGCACAGCACUGCUGUACCCCCCCCUUCUGUUCCUUUGCGAGCUGGCAUCAGUCCCUGAAAACCCCGCGUGUCUACCCUCCCCCGCUGUCACCGUGCAGACAGGGAGACGGACAGAACCGAGAUGCACGGACGAAGACCGCCCACGAAGACGCCCACGGAGAAAUUCAAGAAUAAUACAAAGGCAGAUCUGGGGAAGGGAAGCCUCCCGUGUCCCAGGCCAGUGUCACCCUGUCCCCCCCUCCC